CUGGAGACCGAGGCAGAGGCAGCCGAAGCGGUGAUGACACGGCCCGCCUGGUCCAGGAGAACGGGGGUCCGGGCGGCCGCUCUCCAAGCUUUUGCGCCUGCUGCCGCAUGAGUCUCUGCCAGAAAACACUGGUUUGCAUUGUACAGCAGAGGACAUUACACUGUUUAUGUGAUGGAGAAAAAGGCCAGAGACAGUUUAAAGAUUCCAAAGACACAGAAAUUACAUGGUUUUAAAGAAGGUGCAGUUGGGCAGCUUGUUUCUCGGCUUGUUCCUCGGCUUCCUGGAAAUCGGGGAAAGGGUGGGAGUCACAGGGUCUUCUAUCGUGCUACUUACACUUGGAACCGAGGUGGGAGAUUAAAAGAACUCCGAAUCAGACACUUGGCCAGGAAAUUCCUUUACUUGUGGAUGAAGAAAGCAUUUGGGAGAGUCCUCCCGUCCAGUGCCAGGCACUACUAUGAACAGAAGACAUUGCAGAAAACCUUUGGAGAGUGGAAGGAAGAAUGGUGGGCUGUCUGCAGAGAAUGGAAGCUCACCGUCAGGGCUGACUGCCAUUACAGAUAUUUCCUGUACAACGUGAUCUUUCAGGCCUGGAGGUCCUAUGUGCUCCAACAGCAAGAGAAGAAGAAGACCAAUUGUGUCGCAGAGGCACAUGCAGCUAAAGUGAAGACCCUUUGGACGUGGUGCCAUUGGCUGAGCUAUGUGGAAUUGCGCCGGAUGAAGCACAGGAUGGAUCUGGAAGCGCUCAGGUUCAGGGAGCAGAGCACCCUGCGUCUGUCUUGGAGAUUGUGGAGAAAGAGAUGGUGCCAGAAUCAAGUUCACUAUGAAAUGGAUGGACAGGCUCUACGGCAUUGGACACAAGGCUUGCAGUUUCAUGCCUGGCUCCAAUGGAAGGAGCGCCAAACAUACAUCCAGAAUGAGAAGAAGGAGGAAGUCAGGGCAGUGAGGCAUGACAGACACAGGGAGAUGAGGAAAUCCAUGCGAUCCUGGCACAUCCAUGUGCAGCUCCGGAGGAUAAAGAAGCGCCAGGGCGAGCUGGCUUCGCAGCACCACCAGACCUGUGUGCUCCUUCAGUGUUUCUCUGUGUGGCGGCUGACUUGGGAACGCAGACAGCAGUUGCACCUGCACCAGGAGUGCCGAGUUCAGCUGGCAGCAAGGGCGGCUUUGCGAAGAGUUUUCAUACGAUGGAAGCACUAUGUGGCCUUGUGUGCUGAAGCAGCUAAGCAAGAUGAGCUCGCGGAACACCACUACAGACACCACCUGUUGUACUGUGGGCUCAGUGCCUUCCGAAGGAACGCUGUGGAUGCUUCUGUCAAGAAACUGAGAAGGAAUUUGGCUCGUCAGCAGCACCAAGUCGUGCUCCUGCACACGUUCUGGAAUUGUUGGAAGUCUCGUUUGGAACAGAAGGAGGAAGAGCAGCAUCGGUCUCUGACACUGGCAGCUCAUUCUUGCUACAGCAAGGCCCUACUGCGUAAGUGUCUCAGGACCUGGUUACACCAGGCCAGCCUGGAAAAACACAGGAAGCUGCAACAUGCCAAAGCAGAUCGGCACUAUGCAAGAGCGGUCCUGCCUGCCACCUUCCAAGCCUGGAAGCGAUUCAAGGAUCACCAGCGCUGGUGGACAGAGAUGAAAGGGGCGGCGCAGUGUUUUCACAGGGAAAUAUGGACAAGACGAAUCUUUGAAAGGUGGCAGCUGAGAGAGCAUGAGCAGCAGCAGAACCGGAUGGCGGAGAAAAUGGCUGUUUUGCACUCUGAGCAGCAGCUGUUAUCCCAGUUCUGGCGCUUCUGGCACUGGAGAACUGUGGCACAUCUGGAAGAACAAGAGGGGCUGUCCUUGGCCAAAGAGCAUCACAGCCACCAAGUCUUGCAGAGAAUGUUCCAGCUCUGGAGGGAGAAUGUUCAGGACAUCAAGGCAGGGAGGAUGAAGGAGGCCGGGGCUUCACGGCUCCACUCUGCCAAGCUCCUGCGACGCUCCUGGGGAAAGUGGCAGCAGUACUUGAGGCAUCGAUCUGGGAAGUGGCAGAAAGUGGUUCGAGCCGAGGUGCACCACCAGCGGGUUGCAUUGGGCAGGGCCUUCUCAGCCUGGAAGGAGUACCAAAAUAAUAUCCAGCGCAUUCUGUACCACGUGGCUAACAAGGAGAGGGAACAGAAUCUGAAACUGUUACGGCAGGUGCUGUGCACCUGGAAAGAACAUGUAGCCAGUGCCAAGCACGAAGCCCAGCAAGUGGCUCUGGCGGAGCAGCACUACAGGAGAGCAGUUCUCUCAAAGGUGGCGCUCCAGUGGAGGGACGCGGCCUCCUUGUGUGCCCACUGGCGGCAGCAGGAAGCGGCAGCUGUGGAGGAUGCCAGGAAGCGCUUGCAUGCAGUGAGGCUGCAGGCAACGUUUCUCCGCUGGAAAGAGUCUUCCCUGAGAUCCUCGAGGCAGAGGGGCCUGCUUGGCAGAGCAGCGCAACACCACGGGAGGCAGCUGCUCAACAAGUGUGUGGCCGGGUGGAAGCGCCACCACCUCCGUGGCGUACGAGGCACGCUCCUGCAGAGACAGGGGGAUCAGCUGCUGUCCCGGAGGCUUCUCGCCACCUGCUUCUCACUGUGGAAGAGACAGCUGGCACGCAGGCAGUGGGAGCGGCGGGAGACCGUGCGGGCGCUGUGGCACUGGUCCUGGACCCUGCAGGGGAAGGUCUUUGAGGCUUGGGCAGGCUUGGUCCUGGAUCAGCGGCGGAAGAAAGGCCGAGUCGAGAGAGCUGUGGAGGUUUACCAGGCUGAGCUGCUGCGGGAGGGAGCGGCCCGCAUCCUGAGGUAUACGGCUGCGGCAAAGCAAUUCCGAGGGCAGUUGCAAGCCCGGCACCAGGUGAAGGUUGCCUGCCAGCACCAGCAGUCGGCCUCUCGCUGCGCCCUGCUCUGGAAGCAGAAGGCCCUUUGCCGGAAGGAGCACCUCUCCCAGGCCAGAGCCGCUCUCAAGAAGCGAGUGACGUUCGAGGGGCCCGGGCCAGGCGCAGCCUCCAGCACGGAGGGAGGACUGGGAGAGAGCGCGGCUCUGUCCUGUGGGCCGGGGCCUGCCCUGAGCGACCUUCUGCCCCUCUCCCAAGCCGCUGGAGACUCCGUCCUUACUGAGCUGUACGCAGCCCGCCAGGUGAGGUUACAGCCGCGCAGACCCGAUUUCCUGCUGCAAUCUCUGGAGAGAACGGAGCGGCCUGGGCCUGCCUGGAAGGGCCUAGAAAGCCACCCUGGGGUUCUGCGGCAAACUCUUCUCGGCAAGCCGCCUGUGCCAGCGGGGGCCCUCCUGCUACCCACCUGGAGCCCCGGCCCUUCUCCACCCCAGCUCAGCGGCUCCAGUGGCGGCCCCCUCUCCCUUCCCCAGUCUGCUCCGCUGCCCUGUGUGACCCCUUGGCAAAGUAGCACCGGCUGCCCAAGGCCAGAGCUGUGGCCUCCCUCCUGCUUCACACCACGGAGGAGAGGGAGGGCAGAAAUGGGGGCGCCUUUGGGCCUUCGGUCGGGGCAGCCGCCUGCAAGCCCUGCCGUUGCGGUCAGUGGCACCGAGAGGGAGGCAGCCGACCCGAGAGCAGCUUUACUCUUGCCUGAGGAUCUUCAGUGGAGAGCGCGCCCUCCUCCCCGUUGGAGAACAGCAGGAAGCAGAGAACAAGAGCAGCAAGUGGAGAGUUCACUGCAGGAGGACGAAGUUCACAAACAGCUGGAAACUGAGCUCCAGUUUAUUGGGCAGAAAAUGCAACAUUUCCAUAAGAACCAACAGGAGCUGAAAUUGUGCCGGCGGCAAGAACGCCUCCUCUGCAAAUGGCUGGAGAUGAGAACAGGGGCCGAGGAGCAGGCCGAUGUGCAACAGGUGCAAGACGAGCUGGAUCAGCUGACAAAAAAGAUCCACGCCCUCGUCAACGUGCUGGGAGAAGAGCGACGACUGAUGCAGACCUACUUCACCCGUGUCCAGGACAUUCGAGCUGCUCUUAACAUCUAGAAUGUCUUGAAUGCUUGUUUGCCUGAUAUGCAGCGAGAUGGUGGGGCCUCUGUGCCUUUGCUGUUGGAAGUGACCGAGAAGCUGCCACCCUCCGAGUAGUUACACAAACACUGGGUGAAGGCUGCAAUCUUAUGCAUGCCGUGGAGUAAGUCCCAUUGAAUGUGUGUGUGUGUGUGUGUUACUUCUGUACAGAUGUGUAUAGGAUUGCUCUGCGCAAGUAAUACAUCUCUGUCCUGCAGUCAAAUGCUUAAACUGUCUCUAAAAAGUCAGUCAUGAUAAGUCAUUUGUUUUUAUUUUAAAACAUUUGCAAUUAAUGAGUUAAUGUUCGUAAGUUGUACAUUUUGACAUACAAAAAUACUGUGCUACUGAUACAGUUGAAAAAUUAAAUGGAUUCUCCAUGCAGGAGAAAUUCACAGCGUCACCCAA